UACUGACGUGCUGGGGAGACUAAGCCAGCCUAACGUCACCCAUUCUCGCACAAGGAAGAAGCUAUCUCACCGUUUAAUACAGUUCAGCGCCUUGCGAAUCUUAGUUAUGAUCCGGAGCUGAACAUAGGGGCAGUACAAGGAGGUAGGGAGCCGGACCCGACUAGCUGCAGGUUGCUGUGAAGAAUAAGGGGUUUCAAUCAGGAACUUUCGAGUCAACUUUCUUUCAAAGUGAAGUUUUGCUGCUUUUAAAUCUUUUGUAUCACUAUGACUGAAGGUACAAUCGUGAAAGAGGGGUGGCUUCACAAAAGAGGAGAGUACAUAAAAACAUGGAGGCCCCGCUAUUUUCUGUUGAAGACUGAUGGUACAUUUAUUGGCUAUAAAGAGCGGCCACAAGAUGCAGAGCAACUAGAAACACCUUUGAAUAACUUCUCUGUAGCACAAUGUCAACUGAUGAAGACAGAGAGACCAAAAUCAAACACAUUUAUCAUUCGGUGUCUCCAGUGGACUACAGUAAUUGAAAGAACAUUUCAUGUUGACAGCCCAGAGGAACGGGAAGAAUGGACAAAAGCCAUCCAAACAGUAGCAGAUAGUCUUAAGCAAGAGGAUGAGAUCAUGGACGACCAUGCAGAGUCCUCCAAUGAUCACUCAUGGACUGAUUCAAUAGAAAUUUCUCGUACUAGACCAAAAGACAAAGUGACUAUGCACAAUUUUGAAUACUUGAAACUCCUUGGAAAAGGCACAUUUGGAAAGGUGAUUCUAGUAAAAGAGAAAGCCUCUGGAAAAUAUUAUGCCAUGAAGAUUCUAAAGAAAGAAGUAAUUGUAGCAAAGGAUGAAGUAGCACACACUGUGACAGAAAACAGAGUGUUACAAAAUUCUAGGCAUCCAUUCUUAACUGCAUUGAAGUAUUCUUUUCAGACAAAUGAUCGUUUGUGUUUUGUUAUGGAUUACGCAAAUGGAGGUGAGUUAUUCUUUCACCUGUCAAGAGAACGUGUUUUUUCUGAAGACCGUGCCCGUUUCUAUGGAGCAGAGAUUGUCUCUGCCUUAGAUUAUCUCCAUUCUGAAAAAAAUGUAGUGUAUAGAGAUCUUAAGUUGGAAAACCUUAUGCUGGACAGUGAUGGUCACAUUAAGAUAACUGACUUUGGACUUUGCAAAGAAGGUAUCAAGGAUGGAGCAACUAUGAGAACAUUCUGCGGAACUCCAGAAUAUCUUGCACCAGAGAGCGAUACCUUCCAAGCAGCAAAAAAGAUUCUGAUUACUCUUAAAAGAGUCGAUGAGUGUAGCUCCUGGAAUUCUGGCUGGCAAGCAGCUGUGUUCCUCCUAUACAUAUAUGGGGCAGCUGUACAACCAGCUGUCGCUUGGUUUGAAUCAUUUGGGCAGGAGCUGCUGUAA